GGGUGGGGUCUGGAAAAUCACUCACAUGUUACUGUGCUCUCCAUCCCCCAGCCCCAACCCAGGUGCAGAUAAAGCCUAAAGCGCCAAGACUGGGAAUCUCAGAGCUGAGUGGGCAGACACUGUGCUGUCACUGCUGCUGCUGUCACAGCCCCAGCCCAAGAAUAUGGACAAGAUUCUUCUUUGGGUCUCUGUCCUUACCAUUUUCCUGGAGGCCUUUGCUCAGACAGACCUCAACGAGAAGGUAUUUGUGUUUCCUAGAGAAUCUGCCAGUGAUCACGUCAGCCUAAUUGCAAACCUGAAGGAACCUCUGCAGAACUUUACCUUGUGUUUACGAGCUUAUAGUGACCUUACCCGUCCCUACAGCCUCUUCUCCUACAGUACCCAAGGCAAGGAUAAUGAACUGCUACUUUAUAAAGAAAAAGUGGGAGAGUACAGUCUAUACAUUGGAGGGAGCAGAGUCACAGCCAAGGUAAUGGAAAAGUUUCCUGUUCCAGCGCACAUCUGUACCAGCUGGGAGUCCUCCUCUGGCAUUGCUGAGUUUUGGGUCAAUGGACAGCCUUUAGUGAAAAAAGGCCUGAAGAAGGGCUACUCUGUAACACCUCAACCCAAAAUUAUCAUAGGGCAGGAGCAGGAUGCCUAUGGAGGAAAGUUUGAUCAGAGCCAGGCCUUUGUGGGAGAGAUUGGGGACUUGUACAUGUGGAACUCUGUGCUGUCUCAAGAUGAGAUCCUGUCUGUGUAUGAGGGAUCCCCUGGACUGGCUAAUAUUUUGGACUGGCAGGCUCUGAACUACGAAUUAAAAGGCUAUGUCAUCAUCAAGCCCCGGGUAUGGGACUGAGGUCUAACACUGACCAAAUCUCUUGAAAAUGAAAUGGCCAACAUCUAUGAGAUCUCAAAAACCUGGAUACUAGAGCCUUUAUCUGUAGUUCUUUUUUGAAUGUCCCACCUAUGUUUCUGCCUAAUAAAAAUAUUGUAUUAUGUCCCCUGCA